AUGGAUAUCGCAGUUUCCGUCCUAAGCAUUGCGGAUAUCUGCAUCAAAUAUGGAACCAUUCUCGUGAAGGUCUGCAAGUCGUAUCGGAGCGGCGACCAGGAAAUCCGAGAAAUAAUCUUGAAGAUCGAAGCGCACUGGCUCCGAAUCCAACGGCAACUAGAAUUCUUACGAAAAAUUUGGGCCAGUCUUGACGAAGACUACCAAAUCCACCUGAAUACCGUUCUGCAGGUUUUACAGGUGAAGGCAAUGGCUGCAACAUCGCUAGUUGAUGGCCUUAUUGGACAGGCCGAAGACGAGGUCUCGUCAAGAAGCAUUAUAGCUAAGAAAGGCAACACGAAACGGGCUAGGUAUGCGAUUUUGGUUAAAGAGAAGCUAAAUGAUGCCCUGAAUGACCUGAAAGAUUGGAAGGAUUUGUUUGAUCCUUCGUGGAUUUUGAUUAUAAGACAGUCAGACCAGGCGAUUGAUCAUGAGUUAAACCCUGUCGACGGAUCGGAGAGUACUUCGCUGUUGACCUUGAAAGAGCUUAGAAAAGCUAUCAAAUCCACUAUCACUACACAGGCCGAUGCAGAAAGCACAACGGUAUUUGUCGAGUCGAAUUCUUUUGAGCAAGAUUCGAUAGAUUUGGAAUACUCCUCGCUGGUUGUAUGGCGCGAUGUGCAAGGCCUUAGUACAUAUGUUGCAGAUCCUCCAAAUGACACCACCUCACUGGCUAGCAUUUGCAAACUCGCCAAAAUACUGAAAAACGUCGAGCCCGCUCAAUUUGGUAUUCUCCAGUGCCAUGGAGUAUCGAGGCGAGAUUUACAUAUUGUUAGUGAGAAAGAGUCGUCUCUCACACGGUUCAUUUUCUCAAUCCCCGAUCACCUGACGAAGCCGCAGAGUCUGCGAAAGCUAGUCCUCAGCGAGAUCGGAAACCGACCGCUCGACGAGCGAUUCAUAUUGGCGAGACAGCUCGCAAAGGCAGUGAUGUUUGUGCAUUCUGCCGGAUUUGUACAUAAAAACAUUCGUCCGGAAACUAUACUGGUGUUGCGUGACCAACACCAAGACCCGAAUGCUUUCCUCACAGGGUUCAAAAGCUUCCGGCUUGAAGAAGGUCGCACGCUGCUUCGCGGUGACGACUUUUGGGAGUUCAAUCUAUAUCGUCAUCCCACACGGCAAGGCAUGCACCCGGAAGAGAGCUACUCUAUGCAACAUGAUAUCUACUCGCUCGGGGUUUGUUUGCUAGAGAUCGGCAUCGCCGGUUCACUUGUUCUUUAUGAAACUGAGAAAGUAGCAAAACCCAGUCCGAUAAUAGCUGCCUUAUUUAGUUAUCAUACCAAAGACACUAGGAAGAAUGCGUUCGAGUUAAAAAGGGCAUUGGUAAAACUCGCCGAAGAUCUUUUACCUUCCAAAAUGGGCCGCAAGUACACGGAAACCGUUGUAACGUGUUUAACUUGUCUAGAUAAAAGUGAUAAUGCGUUUGGACUAGAAAGCGAGUUUUUGGAUGAGAACGGGUUGCUUGUUGGCGUGAGGUUUAUUGAGAAGGUGAGCACAGCUUGA